AAGAAAAAAGAGAGACAACAGUGACGAGUUGUCAGUCGGCGGUGGAAAGGCGAGUGCGAGAAAGGGGCGGAGAAGGGCGUAGCGACAGCGGCCAUACUGUUGCGACGAGCGCAGUGUUUGUUUUGUCAGCGAAGCUGCGCGUUGGUCCUCGUGUGUGCGCGCGCGCCCCUACGAAUCCGUCCUGCGUCCUGUUCGGCGACGAGCUCUCGGCAGAUUUCGAGCCGUCACGAAGAUCCUCGCAGCGUCCGAUUCCAUCAAUCGUUCGAUCAGCAUCACCGUUUGUUCGUAUUGUCCACGAGGCGCGCCCCUCUCGCCCUCGGCCGUCCGUAAGAGCCCCGACGUCGAUCUCACCCACCCCACCCUUCCCCUCUGGGGGACUGCGGCCCGCGACUGGGUGUCAGUCGCGUACGGGACACACACUACACAUAGUGAGGCGGAGAACGCCGCGCCACCACCGACAGCAGUAGUAGCACCAUGGCGUGCGCCACGCUCAAGAGGUCCUUGGAGUUCGACCCGGUGCACAGCCACGGCCGGCCCAGCAAGCGACGGAGGUGCAUGCCGAUGUCGUGCGCAUCACCGGGCACGUCCGCGUCGUCGCCGCAGAAACCAUCGCCGUUCGGCGAGAUAGCCAGCAAAUUGACGCCUGAAAAGAUGGCUGCCAACAUCAGAGAAGAAAUCCGCAGAUUGCAGCGACGUAAACAAUUGCACUUUCAGAGCAAUAGUGGCGAUUCAUCAGAUAUGGAAGGUCCUUCCAGUCCUUCUGGACCAUCCGGCUCUUCUUCAACCACUAUUAGUCAUAACUCUAGCGGAAAGGAAAAACCACUUUUCACAUUUAGACAGGUUGGCUUGAUCUGCGAACGAAUGCUUAAGGAGCAAGAAACGCAAAUCCGACAAGAAUAUGAUCAGAUCUUACAUGUAAAACUCUCCGAACAAUAUGAUGCUUUUGUCAAAUUCACAUAUGAUCAGAUACAAAAAAAAUUCGAGUCUGCAGCUGCACCGAGUUAUCUAUCAUAAAAAAAGAUUCUUAUUCAUAUGGAAACGUUUCUGUGAAAAAUAUUAGAUUUCUACUGUGUGAGACAAAUUUUGCUUACUCUGAGGUCCUGCAGCAUUGCUUGACUUCGGGAAUCUUUGGAAAAAAAAUAAAUGGUUUCAGCAGUGUCUAAUAAAAAAAAAGGACUAAAAAAGAUGUGAACGAAGCAGAAGAAGAAAUAAUGAUUAGGGAUGUAAGUUCGUAGAGAGAGAGAGAGAAAGAGCGAGCGAGAGAAAGAAAGUAAUUGCGGCGAAUUGUAAACAUAUUACGAAAAUCUACCAUGUAUACUUUCGAGACUAACAAUAUUUGUACUGUUCGACAUUAGAAGUGCGCUGGUAUCAGGGAACUGAUUCUACUUAUGUACAAAUGUUAUUACGGUUAAAAAUACAAUAUAUGUAUACAGCAAGAUUAGUGCGAGACUUAAUAUCCAGCUGAGAGAAAAAGAGAAAGAAAGAGCUGAGAAAUUUUGUUUUAGCUUAUCACACAAAUAUAUUUUUCUCUUGGCUCUUUUGGGAUAUUAUAAAAUGAAAAUUUUUAAGUUUUUGUGCAUUGUGAGAUAAAGCAGAUGAAGCAUUGUGCAUAAAGUAUUUCGGUAAGUUUUCGGUUUGUUUAUCUUAACGCUACGACAGUUUAGACAUUGCUCAAAUAUAUACGGCAAACAAUGCUCUAACCAUCUUGGCGCAAAUGUGUGAGAUGCAUUUUGCGAAUUUUGAAGCAGGACAUGAUGUGCAUUCGCGAAUAAAAGGAUUGCCUUUCUCGAAUCCUGAUUGCUCAGCGAAGAGCGAUGUUUAAUUCAAUGUAUGAUUGCGUAAAUUAAGAGAUUAAUUCUACGACAUGUAAAUUGAAAUCUACAUAAAAAAUAUAUUAGUGUAACUUAUCAAAUUUAAUGAUGAAUUUGUUUCAUUUAAUUAUAAUGCGUUCACAUCAGAUUUUUUUUCAUUUGGCUGGAACAUAUGUCAUUUGGUAUAGAUAAAAUUUAAUAUUUUUUUGUUAUUUUUAUUAUGGUUGUCAUUUUUCUUUCACUCUUUAUUUUUAUGAAAUUCUUGUGAAAAAAAACCGAUCUCAUUUAAGAUAUAAACGUUACGAGAGCUGUAAAAGUGUCGGGAUAAUAUUGUAGAUUAUAGUAGGCAUUGUACGAAAGCAUUGUGAAACGUAACUAUUUGGAAUAAAGAUUUCAUAAAAUCUCGUCACACACAGCAUUUCUGUUCCCUGGUAGCAACGAAUUUCUGUAGUUUGUAAUAAAGAAAAAGUGCUGAGUAAUG